CGGCGCGGCCUGGUCAUGGUGCCGGUGCUCCCCGGCCUGUAUCUGGGCGGCGCGGGCGGCGGCCUCCCGGAUGGCGCGGCGCCGGCCUGGGCGCUGCUGGUGGUGGACUCGGAGCCGCCCGAGGCCGGGGCGGUGUCGGGGGCGGAGGCGGUGCUGCACGUGCCCGCACUGGACCAGCCGCAGGCAGACCUCCUCAGCCACCUCGACGCAUGCGCGGACUUCCUCGGCCGCGCGCGGGAAAGGGGGGCGCGCGCCCUGGUCAGGUGUCAAGCUGGAGUCAGCCGGAGUGUUGCUGUUGUGACUGCCUAUUUAAUGAAAGCCAAUAAACUCCCUUUUGAAGAGGCCUAUGCCUUUGUCCAGGCCAUCAAACCAGAUGCCAAAAUGAAUGAAGGCUUCGAGUGGCAACUGAAACUCUAUGAAAAAAUGGGCUGUGAAGUCGAUGUGACCAGUACUAUUUACAAACAGUAUCGUUUGCAAAAGGUUACAGAGAAAUAUCCUGAGCUACGAAAUCUGCCGCGAGAUGUCUUUGCAGUUGAUCCAAACACUGUACAGCAAACUCCAAACACUGAGGUUCUGUACAGGUGUAGAAAGUGCAGGCGCCUGCUCUUUCGAAGUUCAAGCAUUUUGUCUCAUGAUGAAGGCAAGGGACCUGCCGCUUUUGCUCAUAAGAGGCUUUCAAGACCUGCCGCUUUUCACCGUGAUGACCAGUCUAGGUGUACUUCUUACUUCAUUGAGCCUGUGCAGUGGAUGGAACCUGCACUCUUAGGAGUGAUGGAUGGACAGCUUCUGUGCCCAAAAUGUACAUCGAAGCUGGGCUCCUUCCAUUGGCAAGGUGAGCAAUGUUCGUGCGGCCAUUGGGUGACCCCUGCCUUCCAAAUUCACAAGAGUCGUGUGGAUGAAGUAAAAGGACCGCUGCCCAUUGGUACUGUAAAAAGGUGAACUUGGUUUGUACUUCCGCAGUCCAGUCAGUGGCCUCGUUCCUGUAUAAAGGAUUGUGUUACCUAUAGGUUUACAGCGAGUGAUACGUACGACAGAACCAGUUGAACUUGAGUGUUUCCAGGAAAGCCAUUUUGUACUGGAAUACCUAGACUUCAUGUGUCAUUUAAAAAAAGGAAAAAAAGAAAGAGGGAGCAGGCCCUAGGGGUAAGCCAGCGCUGGGGGCAAGAUUAGGACUGUGGCAUGUGGUAAUGAGGGCAUUAACCAUUCUCUCUGCAUCACGGUUCUGAUGAAAAUCUCACCUCCCUACUCUUCCUGUAUGCUAUGGUCCUGGCUUUUAUCAGCCUCCCCCGUCCCCAUGCCUACAGCUUCUUCAAAACGAAACCAAGAUGUGUGCAGUGCAAUUUGUUGCUUGUCCCUAGCUUCUUCACUUGUUUUGUCAAGAAAUUUUCC